CCACUUGCUUGAUCAUUGAGAGCAGCUGUGAUGCAUAGCGCUGCCAGCAAGCGGAGCGCUUCUUGAAAAAAAAAAAAAAAAAAACACCUGCCACAACGUUACUCGACUACAAAUGAGUGGAACCGUAAGCCGCAAAUUCCGUCGGCCGCGAUCAGCGCGACUUGGCACAGGAGAAGCAGAGGGGUGGAUGCUACGGUAAUAGCUGUCAUAUAGUAAUGAAUCAUAACCCCUGGGUAUUCACCCUCUUGGCGACAAUUUCGCUGGCACUAACUGGUAUUGAUUAUUCUCAGUUCCAGAGCUCCAGAGACGGCGUGGUCACGCCCACCCCGCAGAAAUCGGGAGAAGGGCGGAGGGCUGUGGAGAGACAGAGAGAGUGUGGAUACAGCAUGGUCGCCAGAUCGCCAGCCAGCUGCCUGCGACGCGACCACGCGACGAGGGCUUGGUGGCGGCUGUGUCAUGUCGCGUGGCGAUAUCGUGGUCGGAAGGAUGAGCCACAGCAAAAAUCAAUCACACGCGUCCUCCUCCUUGUUCAUUCGGUUCCGGCAGCCGAUACAAAUUGCAAAUAGCCGAGUCGACUCGGAUUGAGUCAACCCUGUAUGCCCCAGGGUCCAUCUUUUGUUUACGACUACUACUGCCAUGAACCCUAAGUACGUCACCUGACC